AUGGUAUACGCCUACACCAAGCCACGCGGGCCUAUCGCCGCGAUGUACAACAGCCCCGGUCCAGUGUAUUUGCUACCACCGCUGCUUGGUAGUUCCAGUCAUUCGCAUAAGCACGAUCCUCGCUCCACUCACCCAACAGCUCCAUCCUGGACCCUUGGAAGCCGGUUGGCUGCAAGUCAGACAACUGGUGGAGAAGGUCCAGGACCCGUUUACUCUGUGCCCGGUGGCCUGACGCGCUAUGGCGACGCUAGUGAACAUCGAGCAACGUCUAUUUUCUCCCGUCCCCCAGAGAUUAAGCCACUCGAGACACCAGGCCCCAACGCCUACAACAUAGACCCAGCCAGUAAAUUGGUUUUCUCCAUGACCCCGGCGUUCAGUUGCUCUGGUCGGCUUGACGGGCGGACAAGUGAUGAAGUACCACGUGAGUAG